UUUUAUGGGGAAAGCAACGUCCACUCCUCUGCUCUUUCAAUCAAAGUUGGUCUUUUUCUCUCUGCUCUACCUCUUCACCUCUCUGUUUCUAGCUAUCUACACCUCUCUCUCCCAAACCAAAUGCCUCUUCAGAUCCUCCCCUUUCGACCCAAUUCAGGCCCCUCUCUUCUCCUACCCUGCAACCUAUGGAGAGCACAAGUAUGCAAUCCCAACCCACCGUACCACUUGCUCGUCCCCUGUCUUUUUCUCAGAUUAUUGGAUGGUCUUGAAGGAGAUCCAAAAUUUGUGUAAGAAUUCUUCAUGGUCUUCAUCGGGUUUGAGGUAUAUGCAGGGCAAGGCUGAGACUUUUGCAGGAAAUUUAAGUACCCAAGAGAGAAUUCCCUAUUUUGUUCAUUAUAAUGAUAGCAUUGAAUUCCCUUGUGGGUUUUUGAAGAAAUUUCCAAUUAGUAAUUCUGAUCGAACAGAUAUGGAAAACUGCAAAGGAGUUGUAGUGGUCUCUGCGAUCUUCAACGACCAUGAUAAAAUUCGACAGCCCCGAGGCCUCGGAUCGAAAACCCUAGACAAUGUAUGUUUCUUUCUGUUUAUAGAUGAUGUAACCCUCAAAGGACUUGUCUACCAUAGAUUAAUUCCGAGCAAAUCCAAAAACUAUAAGAUAGGAGCAUGGAGGGUUGUCAAGGUUUUGAGCAAGGGAUUGUAUGAGAAUCCAGCAAUGAAUGGUGUCAUACCAAAAUAUUUAGUCCAUAGGCUCUUCCCAAACUCAAAAUUCAGCAUUUGGAUAGACGCAAAGUUGCAGCUGAUGGUUGAUCCGUUGCUGCUGAUUCAUUCACUUGUUGUGUCUGAGAAUGCAGACAUGGCAAUUUCAAAACAUCCCUACUAUAUUCAUACCAUGGAAGAAGCAAUGGCAACUGCAAGGUGGCAGAAAUGGUGGGAUGUUGACGGCUUGAAGAGGCAGAUGGAGACUUAUUGUGAGAAUGGUUUGCUUCCUUGGAGUCCCAGCAAGCUCCCCUAUCCCUCAGAUGUACCAGACAGUGCUCUAAUUCUGAGAAGACAUGGAUUGAGGAGCAAUCUAUUCUCCUGCCUGCUGUUCAAUGAGUUGGAGGCUUUUAACCCAAGAGACCAGUUGGCUUUUGCAUACGUGAGAGAUCUCAUGAGCCCAAGGCUGAAGCUGAACAUGUUUGAAGUGGAAGUCUUUGAGCAGGUUGUUGUUGAAUACAGGCACAACAUAAAGCGUGGAGGUGGGGCCAGUGGCAGACAAGAGGUGGGGCUCAAAGGACCCAAAAGCAAAAAGACCAAAAGGGUAGGCCCUGAUUUGUUGUAUGUUAACGGCAGCUGUUGCGGCAAGUGCCAGAAGUAUCUUUUGGAGAUGUGGGGUGAAUCCGAGAGUUAAUUUUUUUUGUCUCUAGUCUGCAAGCCUGCGCGUUCCACAGAGAAGGGAGAAAAGAGACAGAGAAAGAAGAGAGAAAACAAAACAAAGCCUAAUUAACAAACUUGGAAGAGGCUCUCAAUGAUUAAAGCCAACAAACAAUAAAGGUGGGCAGGGCUUUUU